AUGUCAUUUCUUUUUGGCAGGGCCAGAACGAGACCCGCCGUCGACCUGCCCAAGCAGGCCAGAGAUCAUGUGACGAAGCUCGAAGGACCAAAUGGUACCGCCAAGACUACUAACGUGCUUCCUGAUGAACAGGCCGAAGAGCUCGCCAAAGUCCUAAACCAGAUGAAGUUCAUUCUGCAAGGCACACAGGAGUCCGACAGCAGCCCCGAACAGAUAUACCAGCUCGUCACUGGCCUCAUUGAAGAAGACCUCCUCUACCUGCUUGCUGUAAACCUCUGGCGCCUACCUUUCGAGUCUCGCAAAGAUACACAAGUCAUCUUCUCCUACGUUUUCCGCUUCCGCCCACCCACCGCCUCUCCAAAAAGCGAUCCUCUGGCCUUGUCCUAUGUUGUCAACAAUCGCCCUCAAGUACUGCUCGAGCUGUGUCGAGGCUACGAACACAAGGAGAGCGCAACACCUGCCGGCACCGUCCUUCGCGAGGUUCUCAAGUCGGAGGCUGCCGCGGCUAUAAUUCUGUACGACGACGACGAGGAGUCUGGGUCCAGUAGCAAAGGUAUCAACCUCAUAGACAGGGACCGCCGGCAGAGCGGCAACGGUGUCUUUUGGAGGUUCUUCGACUGGGUCGACAAGAGCUCCUUCGAGGUGGCGGCAGAUGCUUUCACCACAUUUAGGGAAUUGCUCACGAAACACAAGGAGCUGGUUCCGAGAUACCUGUCAGUCAACUUCGACUUAUUCUUCGACAAGUAUAACAACAUCCUCGUACAGUCCAACAGUUAUGUUACCAAGCGGCAGUCUAUCAAACUCCUUGGUGAGAUCCUGCUGGACCGAUCGAACUACAGCGUUAUGACCGCCUAUGUUGAUCGCGGGGAGCACCUCAAAAUCUGCAUGAACCUUCUGAGAGACGAUCGCAAGAUGGUGCAAUACGAGGGCUUUCACGUCUUCAAGGUCUUCGUGGCUAACCCGCACAAGUCUAUUGCCGUGCAGAAGAUUUUGUUGAUGAACCGGGAAAAGCUGCUCACGUUUUUGUCUCAUUUUUUGGAGGACAGGACCGACGACGAGCAAUUCAUUGACGAAAGGGAAUUCUUGAUCAAGCAGAUCAGAAACAUGCCGCCAAAUCCAGUGGCGCCUCAGAGGCACGGCAUGCCGGGUGGUGGCUAG